AUGAGUCGAGCUAGUGCAGCUGGAACCAAGGGGAAGAAGAAGGGUGCAACCUUCACCAUUGACUGUGUUAAGCCAGUUGAAGACAAGAUCAUGGACAUUGCUUCCCUUGAGAAAUUUCUUCAAGAGAGGAUCAAGGUUGGUGGCAAAGCUGGUGCCCUAGGUGAUUCUGUUACCGUUACCCGGGAGAAAUCCAAGAUCACCGUUACUUCUGACAACAACUUUUCCAAGCGUUAUUUGAAGUAUUUGACAAAGAAGUACUUGAAGAAACACAAUGUAAGAGAUUGGCUAAGAGUGAUUGCUUCAAACAAAGAUAGGAAUAUCUAUGAGUUAAGGUAUUUCAACAUUGCUGAAAAUGAGGGAGAGGAAGAAGAUUAA